UUUGAUAAAAUAGCCGUGGAAUUGACGAGAAAUAAAAGAAAAGAGAGAAAAAAAUAGUAAAAAUAAAAACUCAUGCUAUGAAUCUCUCUUCUCUCAGUUUUACCGCUCAGCAUCGUGUUGCUCCUCUAUAUUCUACACUUCCCACUGCUGCUACUAGGGGUAAAAGUGUGGAUAGUGUUGCAAUUGAAGGUCGUAAUCUGAAUUUUUCAUUCACCGCGAGGCAAAGUAAAGAUGUGCAGGCUCUUAGAGAUUGCUCUCUUCGCAUUCCUUCCGGGCAGUUUUGGAUGCUUCUUGGACCCAAUGGGUGUGGAAAAUCAACACUCUUGAAGAUUUUGGCUGGUCUAUUGACUCCAUCUUCAGGAACAGUAUAUGUGAAAGAACCUAAAAGUUUUGUUUUCCAAAAUCCAGAUCAUCAGGUGGUGAUGCCUACAGUCGAUUCUGAUGUUGCAUUUGGUCUUGGUAAAAUCAAUUUGGCCGAUGAUGAAGUCAGAUCUAGGGUGUCUCAAGCUUUACACGCUGUUGGUUUAGCUGACUACAUGAAGAGAUCUGUCCAAACUCUGAGUGGUGGCCAGAAGCAGAGGGUUGCCAUUGCUGGUGCUCUAGCAGAAGCUUGUAAGGUUCUGUUAUUGGAUGAGCUCACAACAUUCCUAGAUGAAACUGACCAGGUUGGCGUUAUCAAAGCUGUUAGAAACUGUCUGGAUACUUCUGAAGAAGUUACAGCAUUAUGGGUCACCCAUCGUUUGGAAGAACUAGAGUAUGCAGAUGGUGCAAUCUACAUGGAAGACGGAAAGGUAGUCAUGCAUGGAGAAGCAGCAAGCAUAAGGCGUUUCAUCGAAGCCAGACAAUCUGCCUAUAUUAACCAGAUUAAUUCUUAAACAAGUCAUCUUUGUAUCUGAAAAUAUGUCUUUUGUCAAGCAUUGAAACUAAACUCAGCAUGAUUGAAAGGUUACAUCACAGUAUCACAUUUGAUUUUUCUCCUUUGAAAAAUGAAACUCAGCACAAUUGAAA